UUCCCGCCAAGACCGACUCGGAAUCCGCGGCGCACUGACCGUGUAUCCGCAAUCUCUCUCUGCGGCGAAGGUUUUCCUUGUCUGGCCGAGUUUAUUCCGUUUUUGUGUAUCUAAGGCCCUGUCGAGAAGGAAGAGAAGAUGUAUGUAAAAGUGCGAACGAUGGACGGCAGUCAGACUGCUAUAAUAACCAUCUCGAAGCUGACCACCGUAGAGGAUUUCCGCCAAAUGAUCCUGGAGAAAAUGAACGUGACAGCCGAGAGACAACGACUUUUUUAUCGGGGAAAGCAGAUGGAAAAUGGACAUACUCUAUUUGACUACAACAUCAAUAUCAAUGAUGUGAUUCAACUGAUGGUAAAGCCAGUUCUGUCAGAGAUCAACUCCAAUGUGCAAGCCAAAGCGUCUUCAGCAAAACGGGAUGGAGAGCAAGCUGACAAGGAGAAUACUAAGACUGACUCAGAAGUUAAGGGAAAUGCAGAUGUGCGGGAGAGUGAAUACUACAGAGUGGGAGAUUUGAUUGAUGCGAAAUCUUUGUAUGAUGGAACCUGGUGGGAAGCCAAAAUUAACAAAAUUACAGUAAAUCCUAAAGUUAAGGAGAUAUCUGAAGAAGAUGAUGGUAUGCUUUACCAUGUCACACAUGAAGGGUUUGAGGAUGACGUGCCUGAAGAGCUAUUGCUGAAGCACAUUCGACCAAGAGCCUUUCAGAAUGUCAAAUUGGAUGAUCUUUGUAAAGGAGACCUUGUCAUGGCUAACUACAACCUAGAAAAUCCUGAAGAACGAGGACACUGGUAUGAUUGCAAAGUCUCAAAGGUUAUGAAUUCACGGACACAGAAGGCAGUGAUUGCAACAGUAUUCAUUGGAGCAGAUUCCUCACCAAUGGAUGACUGUCACGUACGCUUUGUUGAUGAACUCUUUAGAAUAGAAAAAAAUAUUAAGUUAGACGAGAGGAAUGGAGAUAUGGAGAGAAGAAUCAUAGAAGGGUCUCCUGUUAAACGUAAGAAUGCACCAAACUGCGCAACAUGCAAGGACAAUCCCAAGCGCAAAUGUAAGGAAUGCGGUUGCCACGAAUGCGGUGGAAAAGAGAAUCCAGAGAAACAGCUCAUGUGUGAUGAGUGCGACUUGCCCUACCACAUUUACUGUCUCACGCCACCCAUGGAAACCAUACCUGAUGUGGAUGAAUGGUUCUGUCCCUUGUGUAAGAAUGAUGAUUCAGAAAUUGUCAAAGCUGGUGAAAAGUUGAAGGAAAGCAAGAAGAAAGCAAAAAUGGCUUCGGCGAAAAGCAACACAUCUCGAGAUUGGGGGAAGGGAUUCGCCUGUGCAGGACGGCAAAAAGUUUGUACUAUUGUUCCGCAAAAUCACUUUGGAGUAGUCCCAGGUGUUGAAGUGGGAACAAUGUGGAAGUUCAGGUUACAGGCAUCAGAAGCAGGAAUACAUCGUCCACAUGUUGCAGGAAUUCAUGGACGUGAGAAUGAAGGUGCUUACAGCAUAGUUCUUUCUGGAGGUUAUGAAGAUGACGAAGAUAAUGGAGAGAGUUUCACGUACACAGGCUCAGGAGGUCGUGAUCUCUCUGGCAACAAAAGGACAGCUGAACAAUCUAGUGAUCAACUCUUGACUAGGAUGAACAGAGCUUUAGCUUUGAAUUGUAAUGUACCCAUAAACAAGAAUGGAGCUGAGGCAAAGGAUUCAAAAGGGGAACCUGUACGCGUUAUUCGGAACUGCAAAGGGAGAAAGCAUUCAGAAUAUGCUCCAGAAGAAGGAAAUAGGUAUGAUGGUAUUUAUAAAGUUGUAAAGUACUGGCAAGCAAAAGGGAAAAGUGGAUUCAAAGUGUGGCGGUACCUCUUACGGAGGGAUGACCCUAUCCCUGCCCCAUGGACUAAGGAAGGGAAAAAGAGAAUACAGGAACUAGGCCUAGAGAUGGAGUAUCCAGAGGGUUACCUUGAAGCUCAAAAGGAGAAAGAGGAAUCUGCAAAGAAGGAAAGAGAUGCAAGUACAUCUGGAAGUGAUGACGAAGGAAAAGCAGAAGAAAAAGAACUCGAAGAGAAAGAAGAGCAUAGAGACUGAGGCAGAGAAAUCUGAAAAUACACCUUCAAAGGCAAAGAAAAGAAAAACUGCAGGAUUUUCUUUGGAAAAGGAAAUUGAAAAACUGAUUGCAGAAGAUGAAAGCAACCGUAAACUUUGGGAAGAGAGUAAACAGCUCUUAGA